AUGGAUGAAGUGCCAGACAGCGAGGAUGAGCUAUGGCAGCCACCGAGAACAGCUAUUAUUGCUACAAAGAGAACGACAGCCUCGAAUGAUUUGAUAAUUGAUGAAGCUCCAGCUCUUUCCCUUGCUUCUGCCGUUUAUGACCAUGAGAGAAGUCUAAGUCCUGAUGAACUGGCAAGUGCUUCAUCUGUUCCCUGCAUGACUGACCAGCAGGCCCAGCCAGUCGAGACACAACCGCCACCAGCUGGCCAACAAAUACCAUUUCCGCUUUCCUUACUGGCAGACUCGGAUGAUAGUCUCAGCGAUGUGCCUACUGCUGAUGUUGGUGACGGAGCCAUGGACGAUCUCGUUGUGAAGCCUUCUGUGACAAGAACGCCCACACAAACACUCGUCUUCUCCUCACAAGCAAACUCACCCAUCCCAGAGCCAGCCGUUCACUCAACAGUCAUGAUUCAAAGUUCGCAGACUCGCGAAUCGCCACAGCAACCAUCCAGCCCGUCAGCAAUCGAACCUGCAAUGACACCGUCACGCAUCGCCAAUGAACGUCGUUUCCGUCCUAGAAAAGCAGCACAACUCAAGCCCUUCUCAUACGAUAUGGCUCAACAUGCUCGUGAAUUUCAAGCAGCUGGGUUUAAACCUAUGCGAUUCAGAGGAUUGCCUGAACCGUUAUUGUUGCCUGGUAAUGUACUAGGACCUGAAGCAGAUGCAGAGUUUUUGCCACCUGUCCGACUUGCUCGGAAACCUUCACGUUCUCGUUCACCGCCGUCAGGUAUCCUUUCUCGGCCCAAUGCAGUGGACAAUGUCCCUGCAAAACAACUAAAGCGCAGAAUCAAACGAUGGCGCGAGAUCAACCGUUUCGAUAAUCUCUUGCAGCCAGACAAGCCCCUACGAUCCACUGAACCGCUCCUCGCCCUCGAAAAUUGGAAUGCUGCGAGUCCGGAGGCGAGUGAUUUGGAAGAGGCUGAUGCACAAGAAGAAGCCGAAUUCGCAUUGAAUGUCACGCCAGGUUUGUCGCCGCUACAUAUGCCCUCGCAGCGUCGGUCACCCACACCUCUCUCCUCGUCAGAGGAAGACACUACUGCCGCCACUGCACAUCUCGUCAAGCAAAUCAGGAAGAAGACACGAGGCGUCUUGCCUGCUUCCUUCAAGUUCUUUGCCGAAACACCAGCAGCGGCACUCAACCGUCUCGCACGACCAAACAACAUUGACGCAUCUGGCAUCAAAGUUCGUGGCAAGGCAGUUCGAAAGGAUAAGACGGGACAAGUCCUACCACAUCGCAGUGCUUGGCAGAUUGAAGCGUUUAGUUCUGCUUCAGAGGAGGAGGCGACGAUGCCGACAGUGCCGAGGGGUAGCGUACGCAGUUCUGUGGGCGGCGUGCAUGCACUGUCAACACCUCAGCUACAAAGUACUGCCAGUGGGCCCAUCUUUAUUGAUGAUGAUAGUGAUAUGGAGCAAGAGGAGCAAAUUGAUCGAAUGGUGGAUAGAGCUACCCCUCGACCAAGAGUUUCUAGGAUAGGCCCUGGUCAAGCAAAACGCAAACGACAGCAGAAAUUACCAGAUGGGUUUGCGAAACCGCGUCAAUCAUCUUCUGCAAAGCCGCCGAGUCGACAUGAUCGCGCGAAACAAACAAGACGUCGCAGGGCUGCACCACCUUUAUUCAUUGGUGACUUGCUGGACCAAUUCGAAAACCGUUCACAAGCACCCCGCGAUGUCAGGCUCGCAUCGCGCGCGGUACGGCAACGUGGUGGUGAUGCAGGAACGCAACUCUCUCGCAAACAAUUCAGCUUUUAUGAUCCUACAGUCAGAUCAGAGCCAGAUGCUACCGAUGCUGAAGAAGGCAUACAGCGUGUAUUCAGGCGUUGGGCAAAAGGUGUGCUUCCUGUUGAAGGCCAGCGGGCCAAGCAACACCAGCAACGGCAGGUUUUGAAGCAGCAACGACUUGCAUUACAACCUAGCGAGCCGAAACAAGUGCGGAAGCGGAAAAAGGCGUCUACCGUGCGUUCAGGUGGCUUCUAUCUUGACGAAGCAGAAGAAGCUACGGAUGAAGAAGGACUCCCGCUCAGUCUGCACCAGCAAAGACCACCGGCAGUACCCAAGCAACAAAAAAAGGCAAAGCAAGUCCGCUUCUUUGCUUCGCGAACGUUUCAAACGACUCUUGAAAAAGAAACUGGUCAAAUUGCGAUAGCACCACAUACAACAGCGCCACAAAGAACUGCCAAGCGUCCAGCAUAUCUUCGCAACCUCGUGGAGAUUACCAAUCUUUUCGAGGAAGACGAUUUCGCAGCAAAGGUGUCGCUUUGGCAGGCACAAGCUCCAACUCAGCAACAUGACGAAUCGAUUCGUCCGGACGAUGCCAACUUGGCUGCACCGCACCGUAAGCAAAAACUACAGCGGAAAAACGCAGCUCAACGUAAAGUACCUUUACAACAAUCGCUCGUUCCAUUCUUGAUUGAAGCAGACGAAGGUCGCACUGAAGCAAAUGUUAGUACAAUGUUUGUCUCUGAUGCCAUCCUUACAGAUGUCUCCCUUGGUUGCGAACCACUCUCUCCCGGUUGCUUCUUUGCGCAAGAUACGGUCGCCGGUGCUGAACUUGCUGCGGUUCUUGCUGACGGUACCUUCUUGUCAAUUUGCUUCUACGAGCAUGCGAGAUAUGAUGUUGGACACCUGCCUCAGCUCAUCAAUCGCUUCUUUCCUGCUUUGGAGUAUGCUAUUCGCGCAGGAAAGCCCGUGCAGCGCGACGAAUAUGAUGUCUUUCGCUUUUUGAUCAACGAUACGGACCUUCAGACCAAAGCCGACAUCUUUGGCAAGACAAACGAGCUGCGGCAACUUGCACUACUCAGCGAGCAUAUUUUAUCACGAAGCUGGCUCUGUACGUUUUGCCUCAUUUUUUCCUUUCAGAUGGCGCAACAGCAAAACCAGUGGAAUCAAUUCUCGCAGGUUGUUGAGUCAGUUCUUGGAUUUCUCCUUUCCUCAACGCUCGAGUCUGUGGAAAGUAUGCUUCGACGCCAAAGAGACCAAAUGGCACGAUCACAGGGUAUAUCCGCCUCGGAUGGGAGCAUGCUCGAGUGCUGGACAGUCUUAUUUCAUGUCACCCAAGCCAGUGCGAGUGCGGAUGCCACCCUGCCUAGCUUUUGGACACGCAUCAAUAAGUGGCUCGACUUGCCUCGUUGCGGAAAUCACGCCUUGUCUGAACGUGCCUGGAAGACAAUCAUGCUGCUCAGUAGCAUCACAUCCUUUGACCUGUUUGGUCAUGCUGCAUUGCCAGUAGAGAAUUGGGAUUGUGUCCUGGCACUUCUCGGCAAGGUAUUGACUGGCUAUGAUCAGCAAAGUGCAUUGCCCUCUAGUGGUAGUCAUGACGCUUACAUCUAUCUUAGCUUACGUCGCUGCCAUCGUCUUGCAACCAUCUUUCAGUGGCAAAACUGUGGAAAGCUGCUUCAGGGCAAAGUUGGCGGUGUGUUGCACGACUUUUUCUGGCGUCAACUCAGUCUUGCCAAUCUGCAACACGAACAAUCUCUUUAUGGCGCAUUUCCUCCGUUUCUCCAUCAUUUGGGAGAUGAGCUGGCUUGUCUUGAGUAUGAGCCGGGCGACAUGGCAGGCACGUUCAGUACUUUUCUCAAGUUGCUCUGUCUCUGCCUUCACCAGCUACAGGAUGACUUGGAAUCCGAUGAUCGCCGUGGCAUCAAUCAGAUGAGAACAAUCGUUGACAAAUUCCAGACAUUCGGACCAAUGAAUGCACAAGCAGAUGCGGAUCUAUCGAUCACACAGCUAGGGCAGAUGCGGAAUCGCUUUGCUGUCGAGAUUGCCAUCUAUUGGGCCGCUGGCCAGUACAAACACCAGGACAUAUCUCGAUUGCUCGAGACAAGUGCUGCACACAUAGCUGGUUCGCAUCUGGAAUUACGACGGGUCAAUAUUGAAGCCUGGGGAAUCGUUGUUCGUCUGCAGCUCUCUAGAGGCGAGGAAGUCCGCUUACCAGCAACCAUUGCGUGGUUUAGACGCAUCUUUUCAACGACGGUGGAUGAUAUCAAACGCUUCACUGUCGAGAUGAGCCAACAGCAAUCUUCGGGCCGGUUCAAAGCACUCCAAGAGAAUGUUGGACGUUGUCACCGCAUUGUCUUGGAAUGCAUCUCUGCAUACAGUGCUGUUCUCGCCCUCCCUGGCGUCAAGGCUUCUCCAUCCCGUGUUCAUCAAUUUUGGUUUAUGGACAUAUUCACGGCAAUCUUGCACAAUCAAGCAAUCUUCCAAUGCCAAUCAGCCAGCUCAGCAAAUGGCCGUCUGGCGGUACUGCAGCAAGCGCUUGAUUUGACUGCGCCCUUAGUGGAGGCUGCAGCGGCUUUUGGUAGCGAGGAAGAAUCGCAAGACUUUGGAUUUGAUUUUUCCCAAGAUGAAGACGGGAAUGCUUUGGUCGAUAUGAAGACAUUUGUCAAGCAAGAUCUGCUCGAGACUGCACAGCUUGUCCAUCGCUUCUUGUCGGAUGUAUUUAGCAGCUGCUGGCGGUAUGAGCGAGACUCUUCUGGCGAAUACGUGCCUAAGGAAGUUCCCAUCACGGCUCUGCUCAUUCAGCAAUGCAAAAUGGGCAUCGAAGCGCUGUACCGGUGUGUGCGCGCCUUGCGCAAGAUUGAGAAAGCCCCGUGGUCUUCACUCUUUGAUCGUCAAGGGUUGCUGACAUGGUGGAAACUACCCGAGGCAGCUAUAAGCGCUCGUGUACUCCCAUUCUAUCUCGCUCUUCUCUUGCGACGCGAGGCCACAUUUUAUGACGAAAUGAGCCACUAUGUGAUUGCUGUCUGGCUCGGAAACAUGGCAAAUCCUGAUGUCCGUGCAAGUCAAGCGACACUCACAAAUGAGCUGGUCAAGCACAACACCGACCUUGUCAAUGUCGGCGAGAUGACUGCUGACUUGUUGGAUCAAUACAGGUUGAGUUAUAUCGACAUCUCGCUGCGAGUCUUGAUCAGGGACAGCAAUCUUGAAUUGGCCAGAAAUUGUGUGGCAAGCUUGGCGGAUGUGAUCAAAGCAUAUUUCCAGGGUAUCACAGACGAAGCAGACAAGGCAUUCUACACUUCUUUUGCACAGGCAAUCAUUCGUGUCAUCCACGAAUAUUGCGGCACAGCGCUUGCCCUCGAUGACAUCCCAGCGCUUGCUUGGCUCCUGGACGAAAGCAAUCUCCAACAGCCUGCUCGCAUGUACGCUGUUGCACAACUACGCUCAUUCGCACAUGUCGAUAUUGCCAGCAUUUGGGGAUCUUUUGCUGUGACUAUUGCCGAGUAUUGUGAGGAGCAAAUCACAGAUCCUCCGUCUGCUGCUCUGUCUAUCCUUUGCCAAGCAUUCGGUACGCUCGAAGGCAGAUCCUGGAAUCACGAAGUUGCUUCACUGCGCCGUUUCAUUGUCGUCGGCAUCUACACGGCUUUGUCGCAGCUUUCAAACACAUUGCCGCAAGCGGUUCUUUAUGCUGCGGUGCUGUCUCAAGAGCUGCAAAAGACCUAUGAGCAAUUGACUGCUGAAUGCCUUCAAGCCGACGAAGCAACUCAACUACAUCUUGCUCAUGAAAUCUGCCAACUAGCCUUUGACUUGCAACGCUCAUCAAGUCUGACGACACUAUUUAUGCGUCUGCUUGGGCAUUCUCUUCGGACGCAAUGCAAGGAAGUCGUGGUUGAAUUCCGUGAAGCUAUCCGAAAACCCCAGGUAGCAGUGCAACCCCCAGCAGCCGUGUGCCGGGCUUUGGAGCAGCACUUGCAGGACACAUGGCGUGCUCAGGAUCAGGAAGCUGUCCACUGCAUGCUAGACUUGCAUGUUGUUGUGGAGCAACAAGCGUCCCUCUUUACCCAGCCCGAGAGUGCGUUCCUGGAAGCGGUCUCCCAUCUCGAUGUGGCGUGA